CCUAAGACAAAAAAUUGUGUAGAUUCAGGGGCCCUACUACCAUCGCUUAAAGUAAUAAUGUUUCAAUAUUGUUUUGACAUUUUCAUAGAAUCUUUGUAUGAAAAUGUCAAAACAAUAUUAAAAACAUUAUUACUCUAAGGGGUGGUAGUAAGGCCCCAGAACGCUUUCGUUAAAGAAAUAAUCAGUAUUAGUUAAUUUCAAUUUAGUUCGAGCGGUUGCCUUAACAUAACUACUUACAGAGUUAGAUCUAAAAUCUAAAGCUAUAAAACACAAAAACGCUCAUAAAAUUCAAGUAAUUUUAACUUUCUCGUAAAAAACUAAUUAUAUUCAACGAUAGCAUAAAACUUGGCGUAACAGUCUAUAUUGAAGACGUGGAUAUUGUCUAACUUUUUGCGUUUUAAUCGCAGACGACCGAAUUCGAAAAUAUUCGGUUCGAUUAAAGUUAAAAUAGAUAACAGACAUUUACUACUUUAACGCAGAGGUCCCAAAAAUAAUGGUCCUACUAAAAUCAGAAUGAAAUAACACCAACUUCAGAGAUCAGAUCCGGUUUUCGAUAGAGGAAGCAUACGAAAUAAACACGCGCUGAAACAGACUCAGUGUGUGUUGAGUUAAAGUAAAAUCGUUCACCGCUAUUUACCUACAGCUAAAGUCAUUCGUUAAUGAAUACAAAUCGGUUUCUGACAGAAAGCGAUCGUCUGCAAUAGCUCUAAAAAUGAUUAUUUAUUAAUUGUAGACACGGUGGAUAUGCAACAAGUAAAUUUUGUCAGAUUUGAAAUUUCUGUCAUAUUUAAUAGCAUGUUGGACUUGUUUUUCCAAAUUAUGUUGUUAACAGCUAGUACAUUAGCGUCCUCAGAAAUGGAGCCUUUCAUCGUCGGUGGUGACUACACGGACAUCAAGCAAUACCCGCACUCAGUAUUAAUGAUUGUGGAUUGUAAAGAUCCAUUUCUCUGCGGUGGAUCAGUCCUCACCGAACGUAUUGUUUUGACAGCAGGACACUGUAUACAUCCUUGCAAAAGAGUUUAUGACUUCUCAAUUCUUCUGAAAUAUGGACACCAAACAUCAGAACACAUGGCUUCAACUAUGGUAUCGAAGUUUGUAACACACAGUCGAUAUGAUGACGAAUCAUUGGCAAAUGAUAUAGGAAUGGUUUACGCGGAGCAUACUAUAGAAUUAGGUACUACUGUGCAACGGAUCGCAAUUUUAGGUAGACACGUUCGAACGCCCAGAUACGGAUAUGUCGCUGGUUGGGGAAUUAUAAACUCAAAAAGGGAAACUGCGACAAGUUUAAAACACGUGAGACAAACAUUUUCGCCUGGUGGUCUAUGCCGUACACUUGGGUUUUCAUCGCCGGGAAUCAUUUGCACUGGCGGUGCACAUGAAAAGGAAUAUCCAGACCAGGGCGAUUCCGGCAGCGCUCUCGUCAUUUACGACUUCAUCCAGAUUGGGAUUGUGUCCUUCAAGCAUCCGCACUACGGGCUGAUCGGUUACACCAACACCACUUACUACUACGAUUGGAUCGUUAGCACUAGCAAGACUAUUCACUGCAGUUGAUGAAAUAUUCAAUAUAAUGUCGUUGGUAACUUUGGAUGAGCAGCGUAAAUAAAUUAAUUUGUUUAUUAAUUAUUAUUGUUAAAUGGAGGAAGACGGUUCCUGCGAAACUUGGAUACGAAAUUGGAACUUGGAUACUUGGAUAUGAAUUUAUAGGCUAGAUAGCUAGAUAAAAAUGAUAUGGAGUA